AUGCAUGAAUUCCUCCUCUUCGCCCCAGUCCCAGUCCAACAACACCAUGAACUCCUCCAACAACUGUCCGGCCUCACAGCCAUGCAGCCACGCCAUCGCCUAGAGCGAUGUCUACUCUUCAAAGCCAAUCGCAAAGCAACCCGCAUCAACACACGGCUAGGGGGAGGCAGUCAAGAUGUCCAAGGUGCAGAGAUUCAGAGACUAUUUAAAAUGCUGAAUGGAUCUACGUAUUAUGUUCGAGUUGUUGGGGUGGUUAAUCGGACUGAUUUCGGCGCUUCGGCAGAUGAUUAUGAUCAUGAGUCGCAGUUUUGGCGGAUGGAGUGGAGGGAUAUUCCUGAAGCUGGGAUUCGCUCGGGGGUCACUUCAAGGCUUAUUGCUAAUGCUGCUCUUCCGCAAGGGGAUAUUGUGAAGGUAAUGGAGACGUGGGGGUAUACAUUCGUUAAUGAGUAUGUGGUCGAAGGCGAUGUGUUCAUAUACAACGAUACAACUCUCUUCUUGCAUCGAGUCCUCAAUUAUCCAGAAGACUCGCAAACCGCGCAAACACCACGAACGACAUUACCGCCACUGAAAGAUUUGACUCUAUUGGACCGCAGUGGGAGUUAUCUACUACAGGCAUCGAUCACUGUCCAGGACGGCGUAAGUUCUGAGUCAGCUACUCAGCGUCUCUAUGGACUCAGAGAUCAGCUUAGAACUGCCGUUAAGCUCGAACAGGCAGAUCGUUUGUCUCUGGAUACGAGGGUAAAAUAA